CAACUCCUGAGUUUAAAGGCUGUAAACUUGCUUUAGCCAUUGCUGCCUGCUGGGAAACUGUUGUGGAAUCUAGCAGACCAGGGCCACAAUGGGGGCAUUUUCAAGCAAACAACAGACAGAACCUGCUCCUUGCAGCCUUCUCACCGUAAAGGUCAUAAAAAUGAAAAAUCUCCGGAAGGCAGACCUAUUAACCCAGUCUGAUUGCUACGUGACUUUGUGUCUGCCGACUGCUUCAGUGAAAAAGACAAGGACCCAGACCGUGAAGGACAACAAAGACCCAGUGUGGAAUGAAACGUUUCACUUUAGGAUUCAGAAUGAAGUAAAGAACAUUCUGGAGCUUAAAGUUACUGAUGAAGAUAAGCUUACUGCAGACGACCAUCUCCUCACUGUUUUCUUUGAUGUUUCUAAAAUCCAACUUGGUGAAACAACCCGCCUGAGCUUUCAGCUGAAUCCAAAGGGUAAGGAGGAACUAGAAGUUGAAUUCACAAUGGAGAGCAGUGUAACGGGAGCACUUGGCUUCCCUCUUGGGAGCGCGGCGGCGGCUCUACCAAUGAAAGGCAGUGUCAGCGUUUACCUCAUCGCGGCACGGGGCCUUUCAUUGCCGGAUGUCCCAGAGAAGAUUUUUACUAAUGGAGUUUUGGUGGCGCGUGAAGUUGCCUGUUUGGAAGUUCAAAUAGAUGGGGGAAGAAGGAAAACAGAAAGAAAAUUCACUCUUUCCGUGGGAGGAUCCCAUGAAGAAGCUCAAAACCUCACGUUGCGCACCUGGCUUUGCCGCGCUGCUCCUGCUAAAUUUCACUACGUUAAAUAUAACCAAUCAGAAUUGAAUAUUGAACUGCCGAGGAGACAGCUUCUUACGGCCUCCCCAGAGACGAAUGAGUCAGCAACUGUUCCCCUGAACACUCUUCCUAUCCAAGAGCAAGUGACAAUACCACCGAACAAAACAUUUGAUUUGAGUGUGAAGUCAAAAGAUUGGACUCAGGGCCUGCUUUGUAAAAGGCCGAAAAGUCUUGAUGUGCGUCUAGGAUAUGAUCUGUGCUCAGAUGAAAAGAAUUUCCUACAGAAACGGAAGAAAGUGGUUGCUGAUACUCUGAAAAGUCUUCUUCAUUUAGACCAAGGCCUGAAAGACCACGAAGUGCCUGUGAUUGCUGUGACAACAACAGGAGGUGGAAUGAGAGCAUUAACUGCUAUGUAUGGCACCCUUUGGGGUCUCCAGAGACUGAAGCUUUUGGACUGUGUUUCGUAUAUAACAGGCUCAUCAGGUACAACAUGGACAAUGUCAGAUUUGUAUGAAGAUGCUGAUUGGUCAAAGAAAGAUCUUGGGGAGAUCAUCAAGAAAGCUCGAAUUCAAGCAGCCAAAUCUAAAAUUAGUGCCUUUUCCUUGGAAAGCCUAAAAGCUUAUCAUAAGGAGCUAUGCCAGAGAACCAUAGCAGGAUAUAAGACAUCCUUCAUAGACCUUUGGGGACUCAUGCUCGAAGCCAUGCUGAAUGAUGGGAACAACCACCAUAAACUCUCAGAUCAACGACGAGCAGUGAGCAAAGGCCAGAACCCUCUUCCAAUCUACCUGGCUUUGAACGUUAAGGACAACGUUACCACAAGAGAUUUUAGAGAGUGGGUAGAGUUCACACCAUAUGAGGUGGGCUUCCUAAAAUAUGGAGCGUUUGUUCGUGCUGAAGAUUUUGGAAGUGAGUUUUUCAUGGGGCACCUGAUGAAGAAGCUCCCAGAAUCAAGGAUCUGCUUUAUGCAAGGGAUGUGGAGUAGUAUAUUUUCCAAAAAUCUGUUGGAUGCCUGGCAUGCAGCUGACAAUUCAGAGGACUUCUGGAACAGGUGGACCCAAGAUAAUAUCACUGAAAUUGAUGAAGUACCUGACUUACCAGAGAGACCUCACGAGAUGCCGACUCGUAUGUUCACUCCAGCAGGCAGCCUUUCAAAUGCUCUACGGGAUAUUUUGACAGACCGUCCAGCGGUGUCAAAGUACCACAAUUUUUUAAAUGGGUUCCAACUGCACAAUGAGUAUGCACAGGAUCUACAGUUUUCUAAGUGGAAAGAUACUGUGCUUGAUGAAUCCCCUAAUCAGUUGAGAGAUCCAGCAGAUCACCUGGAACUGGUGGAUACAGCAUUUUUCUUUGAUACCAGUUGCCCUCCACUUCUGAGACCAGAGAGGAAAGUUGAUGUCAUUCUGCACUUCAAUUACACUGGAGGAUCACAAGCUAAGCCUUUGGAGCGGGCCUCUACAUACUUCACGGAGCAAGGAAUCCCAUUUCCCAACACUUUGCUGACUGAUGAAGAAAAGAAAGAUCUAAAGGAGUGCUACGUGUUUGAAGAUGCACACAACCCAGAUGUUCCCACAGUGAUUUAUUUCCCACUAGUGAAUGACACCUUCCAAAGAUAUCUUGCACCCGGUGUGGAACGCAGCAGUGCUGAAAUGUCACUGGGCAAUGUUGAUAUCUCUAGUGCCUUUUCUCCAUAUUCCACAAGACAGGUUUCGCUGCAAGAUGAGGAUUUCAACAAGCUUUUGAAUCUAACUAACUACAAUGUCCAGAAUAAUGCAAGCACAAUCCUUCAUGUUUUGCACAAAGUAGUAGACCAGAAAAAACAGGCCUGGUCAUCUCAGGUUGCCUCAUGAAUACACCUUUCUUGUAGGGAUGGGGGAGAAAUUCAAUUCAGUUACCAUUGCAUGGUGCCUGUUUG